CUUCGCUGUCUGCCGCGGCUGACUUGUGAAAAUGAACAAAUAUACUUCCAUCUAGCACUAAUGUUACUCAGACUGGUGUUAUAUGUUGUAUGAGGCCUGGUCUCAGACCGAGCCGCGGGGGCGUUGACCCCCCGAAACCCUCUCCAGGUAAACUCCAGCGUGAUGGCAUGUGGAGGAUGGGAAGGCAGCGUGGAUUCAAGUCAACUAGAAGCAAGACUGCGGGCAGGCCUGGAUGCAGAUCGACGUUAUACAGCAGAAAAUGCAGCAAAGUUAAGGGCCAUUCACUCAGCACCAACUUACGAUGAAUUUAGACAGCUUGUUCUUGGUGCUCAUCUAAAGCCACUUGAUCGAAAUGACAAAAGUAAGGUCCGGCCAUCCAUCUGGAACUCUAUAGCUUCUUCAGCAACAAAAAAGGGUAAUAAGCCACCUCCGCAGGAUACUGAAAACUCUGUGUAUCCAACUGAUGUACAGUUUGAUGUGAACAAUCCACCAAGCACUACUGAAGGUCUUGUGCAGUUGUGGGAGCGGUUAGAUCUGGCAGAAAGGCUCGAGCUACUGCGCAAUUUAUCCUCGCAAGCAACAGAGAGAUUAGCCGGGGGCCUGGUUGCUGGCGGCUUGUUAGGGGACGCCAUCACCACACUCUUGGCGUUCACACCGACUGUCAGUGAUGUUGUCAUGGUGGUAAACAUGCUGCAGGCACUAACGCUAGCAAAACGAUUUACCCUGAGCGUGACACUAGUAUGUGGAGAAGAGCGAUGGGCAUGGGGUCGACUUCUGGAAAAACUACAGCUUGCUCUGUCUGAACGGCCACAGGAUCUAGCCGAGUUAAAUGUUACAGAGUGGACUCUGGCACAGCUUAAGCUCAAAUUUAACCUUUAAGAUUUUUUAUCAUAACUUUAUAAACAUAUUGUCUUAUAAGUUUCACUAGUAUCUUAUGUAUAUGUAAAAGUAUAAUUUUACUAUACAGUAUAUUUAUGUACUGUACAUGUAUUUUUUGUCACGAUAUCUCUGGUUAAGCACUUUAAGUAUUUAUUUCUAUUAUGAUAGAGAAAAAUAUACAGUAUUAAUUAUAUAAGGUUUUCUGUACUUAUAAAAAUCACUUUUAUUGUGAUUUUUUCCAGUAUGCCAUCUUAAAAGAUAUUUUAUUAUAUAUAAGACAUUUAAAUACAGUAUUUAUAAAAUAUUUAUCAAUCACAAAUCAUCAUGGUGAAUUUUACAGUUUGGACAUAAUACAAAAUAUUUUUUUAUGGUUUAUAAUACAUUGUAUUUAUGUACUUUUAACAGAAAAGUUUUAUGUUGCCAUGUAAUAAUUAUUUUAUUCAUAGGGAUACACUAAACCUGUAAGGGGUAUACAGCACCCAAAGAAUGGGAGGGAUUCAGGUUUAGUCCAACGAAGUGAAGGGUAGCUCCCAGUUCCUUGGAUGAAAGCUCCCUUCACUAGCAUGAAAGCAACCAUCUCGAAGGGUUCACAAUAUAAUGCCAUUUUGUUGUUAUGGACAGUGAAUAAAAUAGUCAUGUUUUGGGCAUUGUAUAUACAGUAGAUCAUUGGUUAUUCAGCUUCUGAUUAUUAUCCAGCAACCUUGUUUGAUCCAGCACAUAAAUGCAGUGUGAAAAAGAAAUGUUCAAAAUAAAGGGACCAUGGAAAAAUGAUGUAUGUAAUUAUGUUGCUGAAAAUCCAGUGCAUCUUUGCUCCCCCAAAAAGGAGCUGGAUAAUCAAUGAUAUAUUGUAUUUUUUAAGCUUGCAGUUAAUGGAAAUUAUUUGUAAAGAUUUGUAAGCUGCUACUAGUCAAUACAAUUUUUACGUACUGCAUUAAACUGUUCAUCACGUAAUAACAAUAUUGCCACAAAAUCACACUUUUAUUGUACAUUAUUAAUAAAAACCAGUGCUGAACCUGUAUAGAUCACACAGCUGUUAAUGUACAUGCUUUGCUAUUUAUGAUUAAUACCUUGUGCUUAUUGGCCAUUUACUCUACUAAAAAUCUAAUUAAAUUUUUCUAUUAUACGGGGGAAGUUGUACAGCACUUGCUGAACUGGAGGUAAUCAGGUUUGAUCCAAGGAAUAGGAGGAUGGCUGCCAUUUAUUGGAUCAGUAGCCCUUCAAAAGCAUCAAGGAUCCCUCUAAGAUUUUCUCUAGAAAUACAAGAUGUUUCUGCAGAAAGUUUUGUCAUAAGAGUAUUUAAUUCUAUUUGAAGAAUUGACAUACAAUGCAUUCUCAAUAACCAGAAUAAUUCAGUUUUCAAUAGCAUAAACUGUAUUUGCUUUUAAAACACUAUCAAUACAUACACUCCUCUAAAGGAAGGUGUCUUGAUACCAGUGAGCGGCUCUUGAUCUAGGGACGUGAAUAAGUCCUCCCCUCUGAUCGAACCUAAUUUCCACCCAUUCCCUGAAGUGCACAAUUCCUAUGGGUACAGCACUUCCCCUGAUUAUAAUAACACACACACUCAUGCUUACAUUAUCUUGCACAAAGGGUAUUAUGUAGCAUUACAAUUAAGCUAAUAAACAAAGUUAAAAGGCACAUUACAAAAGUAUUAAUCUUGCUGAAAUUUUCAUGUAUUGUGAAAUGCAUUUAAGGUGGGUUUGCACAGUUUUUACCUUGCAUAGAUAUGUUUUCUAUUUUAGUAAAACUGUAUAAAUGUAGUGCAUUACCAAAGACAUGUUACCAUAAUGUAGCAUAUUCUUUACCAAGAUAUUCUCUAAUGUUUGCUUUCAGUGUAAUACUCUCUUUACUGUGAAGCACUAGGAUAGCCAAAGUCUGGUAUCCAUUCAAAAUACUGUUUUCUUAUAUUAUUUAGCAAACCAUGUUUAUAUUUCAUCUAAUGUAUACUAACAUUUAGCAAAAUCAUAUUAACUUCACAUUUACUCUCAAAUACAGUAUUUUCAACAUGACCAUUAACUCCAAAUCUUAGGGAAUUUUACACCAAAAUGUCAUUCCUUUCUGAAAAACUGCAGUUUUUUUUUUUUUAACUAUUUGUAUGUCAUAAAAGUACACUAUCUUAAAUAAACGUUGAGGUAUUCAUAAAAAAAAUUGCUGCAUAUCCUAGUAUCCAGGAAGCUCAGGUUUAAUUUUGUUGAGAUUUACAAAAAUAUGUGCAUAUACUGACUCUGAAAACAUUAAAGUUUAACAAUUAUAUAUAUAUAUUUUUUAAUUAAUAUUACACAAUUUGUUGUGUUAGUUUCUUCUAAUGUACAGUAGAAUACACUAUAUUACCCCUGUUAUCAUUUAUGUUCACAACUAGUGUUUUGUACCCUACAGGAAGCACUCUUAAUAAAAUUUCAGUAAUAUUUAAAUGAAAAGUACAAAGAGUAUGGGAAAUACAAAAAAAAAAAAAAAAAAAAACUAUAUUACAUAUUGUAUACACACCUAAAAAUACUGUACGUCAGUUUUAGUAACACAAAAAUUAUGAAGGUUAAUCUUUGUGGAAUAAAAAUUGUACAAGUGUUAAUAAAUUGACUCCUCACUGUCA